AGAGAAACGUUAAGACCCGCUCUCACUCAGCAGGCUCUCCAGAGGGCACAUUCAGGGCUUUGAAAGAUGCUGAAAAAUCGCCUCUCAGCUGUGACCUGGCUCUGCGUCUUCCUCAUGGCCUUUGUCAGUCACCCAGCAUGGCUGCAGAAGCCCCCGAAGCGCAAGACACCUGCACAGCUGAAAGCAGCCACCUGCUGCCAGGAGAUGAAGGAGCUCAGAGCCCAGGUGGCCAACCUAAGCAGCCUGCUGGCUGACUUGAGCAAGAAGCAGGAGAGUGACUGGGUCAGUGUGGUCAUGCAGGUGAUGGAGCUGGAGAGCAACGGCAAGCGCAUGGAGUCGCGGCUCACAGAUGCUGAGAGCAAGUACUCGGAGAUGAACAACCAGAUCGACAUCAUGCAGCUGCAGGCAGCGCAGACCAUCACACAGACCUCCGCAGAUGCUAUCUAUGACUGCUCGUCCCUGUACCAGAAGAACUACCGCAUCUCUGGAGUGUACAAGCUUCCUUCCGAUGAAUUCCUGGGCAGCCCUGAGCUAGAGGUGUUCUGUGAUAUGGAGACUGCAGGUGGAGGCUGGACCAUCAUCCAGAGACGCAAGAGUGGCCUUGUCUCCUUCUACCAAAACUGGAAGCAAUACAAGCAGGGCUUUGGCAGCAUCAGGGGGGACUUCUGGCUGGGGAAUGAGCACAUCCACCGGCUCACCAGACAGCCAACACGGCUCCGUGUGGACAUGGAGGACUGGGAGGGCAACAUGCGCUUCGCAGAGUACAGCCACUUUGCUCUGAGCAAUGAAUUCAAUAGCUACCGCCUCUUCCUGGGGAACUACAGUGGCAAUGUGGGCAAGGAUGCCCUCCUCUACCACAACAACACCGUCUUCAGCACCAAGGACAAGGACAACGACAACUGCUUGGACAACUGUGCCCAGCUCCGCAAAGGAGGAUACUGGUACAACUGCUGCACCGACUCCAAUCUCAACGGGGUAUACUACCGCCUAGGGGAGCACAGGAAGCACCUGGAUGGCAUCACCUGGUAUGGCUGGCAUGGGGCCACCUACUCCCUCAAACGGGUGGAGAUGAAGAUCCGCCCCGAAGCCUUCAAGCCCUGAAAGGAGGCUCUGGGGCGCAGGGCUGCAGAAGUGAGGGCAGGUAGGCUGGGAGGAGGGUAUAGAAUGGGUAAAGAUGAGGACCGGCCCACCACCUCUGGUGGGAGUCAUUCUCUGAGGAGCAUGGCAGAACUAGUAUGCGGGCUGCGAAGUGAGCACAUGGGCAUGCUAAAAUUGUAAGUACCAAGGCUGUUAUGGCAAAUGGAUGAAGCAUUUAAGCCCAGUGCGCCCUGCCACAGACUCGCAGAAUUCUCAGGGUGCAGGGCUGAGUGGGCUCCCUCUGCCCCUGAUCUGCCCACAGAGUGGCAGCUCCUCUUUUCCACAUGAUUUAUCUGUGGGGAAAUAAAAUGGUGAGGACACUUUGCCCAUUUUCUGCAUAUGAAAAAAACAGCAAACCCCCUUUGCUAUAAAAAAGAACUAUGAUUUUCUUGUCAAAAGAGAGACUUUGAAUAUUACAAAAAGGACCAGAAGUUGGUGGUGGA